GGAGCCACGCUGUCAUUGGGGGAGAAGACGAGAGGGGGUGGGGCGCCCGCUAGGCUGGUUACACCGAGGGAAGCCCUGACUCUAGUCCCUGUUCCGAGUCCAUCAGGCUGCGCGUAGCUAGCGCGCCGCGCUUUCCCAGUUCUCUGUAGCUCGCGGUUCGCCGCCCCUCUAGCCGCCGCGAUGCCGGUGUUUCACACGCGCACGAUCGAGAGCAUCCUGGAGCCCGUGGCCCAGCAGAUCUCGCACCUGGUGAUCAUGCACGAGGAGGGCGAGGUGGACGGCAAAGCCAUCCCUGACCUCACUGCUCCCGUGGCCGCUGUACAGGCGGCAGUCAGCAACCUGGUUCGGGUUGGAAAAGAAACUGUUCAAACCACUGAAGAUCAGAUUUUGAAGAGAGACAUGCCACCUGCAUUCAUUAAAGUUGAGAAUGCUUGCACCAAGCUUGUCCAGGCAGCCCAGAUGCUUCAGUCAGAUCCAUACUCAGUGCCUGCUCGAGAUUAUCUAAUUGAUGGGUCAAGGGGCAUCCUUUCUGGCACCUCAGACCUGCUCCUCACCUUCGAUGAGGCAGAGGUUCGUAAAAUUAUUAGAGUUUGCAAAGGAAUUUUGGAAUAUCUUACAGUGGCAGAGGUUGUAGAAACUAUGGAAGAUUUGGUCACUUACACAAAGAAUCUUGGACCAGGAAUGACUAAAAUGGCCAAAAUGAUUGAUGAGAGACAGCAGGAACUCACUCACCAAGAACACCGAGUGAUGUUGGUGAACUCGAUGAAUACCGUGAAAGAGUUGCUGCCAGUUCUUAUUUCAGCUAUGAAGAUAUUUGUAACAACUAAAAACUCAAAAACACAAGGAAUAGAAGAAGCUUUGAAAAAUCGCAAUUUUACUGUAGACAAAAUGAGUGCUGAAAUUAAUGAAAUCAUUCGUGUAUUACAACUUACUUCUUGGGAUGAAGAUGCCUGGGCCAGCAAAGAUACUGAAGCCAUGAAGAGAGCACUGGCCUCCAUAGACUCCAAACUGAAUCAGGCCAAAGGUUGGCUCUUGAACCCCAGUGCUACCCCAGGGGAUGCUGGUGAGCAGGCCAUCAGGCAGAUCUUAGAUGAAGCUGGAAAAGUUGGUGAACUCUGUGCAGGCAAAGAACGCAGAGAGAUCCUGGGAACCUGCAAAGUGUUGGGACAGAUGACUGAUCAAGUGGCUGAUCUCCGAGCUAGAGGGCAAGGAGCCUCACCCGUGGCCAUGCAGAAAGCCCAGCAGGUGUCUCAGGGUCUGGAUGUGCUCACAGCAAAGGUGGAAAAUGCAGCCCGCAAACUAGAAGCCAUGACAAACUCAAAGCAGAGCAUUGCAAAGAAGAUUGAUGCCGCUCAGAAUUGGCUUGCAGAUCCAAAUGGUGGGCCAGAAGGAGAAGAACAGAUUCGAGGGGCUUUGGCUGAAGCUCGGAAGAUAGCAGACUUGUGUGAUGAUCCUAAAGAGAGAGAUGAUAUUCUACGUUCUCUGGGAGAAAUAGCUGCUCUGACUUCUAAAUUAGGAGAUCUACGAAGGCAAGGAAAAGGAGAUUCCCCAGAGGCUCGAGCACUGGCCAAACAGGUGGCCACAGCCUUGCAGAACUUGCAGACCAAAACCAAUAGGGCUGUGGCCAACAGCAGACCCACCAAAGCAGCAGUCCACCUUGAAGGCAAGAUUGAACAAGCACAGCGCUGGAUUGAUAACCCCACAGUAGAUGACCGAGGAGUUGGUCAGGCUGCCAUACGGGGCCUAGUUGCCGAAGGACAUCGUCUGGCUAAUGUCAUGAUGGGACCUUAUCGCCAAGAUCUUCUUGCAAAGUGUGACCGAGUGGACCAGUUGACUGCCCAGCUGGCUGAUCUGGCGGCUAGAGGAGAAGGAGAGAGCCCUCAAGCAAGAGCACUUGCAUCUCAGCUCCAAGAAUCUUUAAAGGACCUGAAAGCCCGGAUGCAGGAGGCCAUGACUCAGGAGGUGUCAGAUGUUUUCAGCGAUACCACAACCCCAAUCAAGUUGUUGGCGGUGGCAGCCACUGCGCCUCCUGAUGCCCCUAAUAGAGAAGAGGUAUUUGAUGAAAGGGCAGCGAACUUUGAAAACCAUUCAGGAAAGCUUGGUGCUACAGCAGAGAAGGCAGCUGCUGUUGGAACUGCUAAUAAGUCAACAGUGGAAGGCAUCCAGGCGUCAGUGAAGACGGCUCGAGAGCUCACACCACAGGUUGUCUCAGCCGCCCGCAUCUUACUUAGGAAUCCUGGAAAUCAAGCUGCUUAUGAACAUUUUGAGACCAUGAAGAACCAGUGGAUCGACAAUGUUGAAAAAAUGACAGGACUGGUGGACGAGGCCAUUGAUACCAAAUCUCUGUUGGAUGCUUCUGAAGAAGCAAUUAAAAAAGACCUGGACAAGUGUAAAGUAGCCAUGGCUAACAUUCAGCCUCAGAUGCUGGUCGCUGGGGCAACAAGCAUUGCUCGUAGGGCCAACCGGAUCCUGCUGGUGGCCAAGAGGGAGGUGGAGAACUCUGAGGAUCCCAAGUUCCGUGAGGCUGUGAAAGCUGCCUCUGAUGAACUGAGCAAAACCAUCUCUCCAAUGGUAAUGGAUGCAAAGGCUGUGGCUGGAAACAUUUCUGACCCUGGCCUGCAAAAGAGCUUCCUGGACUCAGGAUACCGGAUCCUGGGAGCGGUGGCCAAGGUUCGAGAAGCCUUCCAGCCUCAGGAGCCUGACUUCCCGCCACCUCCUCCAGACCUUGAGCAGCUCCGUCUGACAGAUGAACUUGCUCCCCCCAAACCACCUCUUCCUGAGGGUGAAGUCCCUCCACCCAGGCCCCCACCACCAGAGGAGAAGGAUGAAGAGUUCCCUGAGCAGAAGGCCGGGGAGGUCAUUAAUCAGCCAAUGAUGAUGGCUGCCAGGCAGCUCCAUGAUGAAGCCCGGAAGUGGUCCAGCAAGCCGGGUAAUCCAGCCGCUGAGGUAGGUAUAGGUGUUGUAGGAGAGGCAGAUGCGGCCGAUGCUGUUGGGUUCCCUGUCCCCCCUGACAUGGAAGACGAUUACGAACCUGAGCUGCUGUUAUUACCAUCCAGUCAGCCGGUCAACCAGCCCAUUCUGGCAGCGGCUCAGUCAUUGCAUCGGGAAGCUACCAAGUGGUCUAGUAAGGGUAAUGACAUCAUUGCAGCAGCCAAGCGCAUGGCUCUAUUGAUGGCUGAGAUGUCUCGAUUGGUAAGAGGGGGCAGUGGUACCAAGCGGGCACUGAUUCAGUGUGCCAAGGACAUCGCCAAGGCCUCAGAUGAGGUGACUCGGUUGGCCAAGGAAGUUGCCAAGCAGUGCACAGAUAAGCGGAUUAGAACCAACCUCUUACAGGUAUGUGAGCGAAUCCCAACCAUCAGUACCCAGCUCAAAAUCCUGUCCACAGUGAAAGCCACCAUGCUGGGUCGGACCAAUAUCAGUGAUGAAGAAUCUGAACAGGCCACAGAAAUGCUGGUUCACAAUGCCCAGAACCUCAUGCAGUCCGUGAAAGAGACUGUCCGUGAAGCAGAAGCAGCUUCAAUCAAAAUCAGAACAGAUGCUGGUUUUACACUGCGCUGGGUUAGAAAGACUCCCUGGUACCAGUAGUCACCUGUUGGAACUUAGCUCGCACAGAAAGCCCGCUAAACAGAAUGAAAGUGAUCUGAGUCCCAAGAGCAAUCCAGAAUUGAAAGCCUCACCCUGGUUUCAUCUAGCAGAAAAAAAAGUGGCUUCUUCACAUAUGAAAACACUUACACUAUUGUCGUGGACACUUUGAAAUGUGUCUCUGUAUAAAACCUGUAUUCUAAAACACAGACUCAUGCACACUCUGUUCCAAUAAGCAAUGUGGGGUCUAGCCCACAGACUUCACAUAAGCUCAGAAUUCAAGUGAGAACACUAGCCAGACCCCUGCGCUGCCUCCUUUCCCCUGAUUUCCAUUCUUCCCUCCAGGCUCCCAAGACCGUAAGUCAGUUAAAUAGAAAUUCACUGUGCCUCCAAAGUGUGUUUUGGGCUUUCCAUAUUGCUGCUGACCCUGCCUGCCUUCCCUGGCUGUGCUACCUGGGUCCUUUUUGAAAGUGAGCUCAUGGCUGCAGUGAAAGUGGCCUCUAGGGAACCCCAGCAUAUGGGGUCUGGAUUCACUUCCUGCCCACCCCCUAAAAAUUUAAUCCUAGUUUCCCAUGGUAUGAAAUCAAAUUUCAGUCAGUAGGAAGUAAGCACAGAAUCACUGUGCUCCUGAGCAAUGUCUGUGUUAGGGAAACUGCCCACCCCUCAUCCUGCCUCAGCCCCCUAGCCACCCCCCACCACAGGGUAGCCAUCCUGUGGGAAUACACUGUGUGUCCUGGUGCUCUCUGCCAUGGAGAGGCAGAGCAGCUAGGGUGUGGUCCUGCCCAUCCUCCCAGCAGGGCCGCUCCCAGGCACUCCAGGCUUUGUCACUGCCUGCAGAUGUCUGUGCUGAGGCCUUAUCAUUCAUUCUUAGCUCUACUUGUUCUUUCUGAGCUGAAAUGCUGCAUUUAAUUUUUAACCAAAUAAUGUCUUCUAUCUUGGUUUUUGUAUUCUCCAUCCACCCUUCCUAAAUAACAUUUUAAAGAUAUGGGUCUGUUACACCUGCAGUUUUGAAAGAUCCUUUUUGAAAUUCAGCCAUAAGAAUUGGUGCUUCCAACCCCUUUCCCCAUGUUUAAUGGAAACGCAAUCCUGUUUGAAAUGACACUUCUUACCUAAGGGUGUUUUUUGUUUGCAGACUGAAAUUCUGUCCUUUUGGGGGAUGAAUCAAUAGGAAAAAUUGGGACAAUUCCUGUCUCCCUCAACCAACUGCAACCAAGCCCCCUUGCAUCCUCUCCUCCUUCCCAAGUAUGGCUCAAGUUGAAGAGAAUAAUGGGUAUUAAUUGUCACCACUGUAAGUUUCCUAUUUAGUUAAGUGAGAAAAGGCUUUUUCCUCUUUGCCCUUAUCACUGCUGGUUAAGCAUCCCCAGCACAUGAAACCAUAGUUCUUCCCAAAACCAGAACUGGAUGAGUAAAGAGCCCUUGCCUGAUCGCCCUUCCUUCCACCUCCUAUGUGUGUAAGAUCCCAAAAUAAAAUGAGUAAAACUUGUCUUAAGUUGGCACGAUACACUCAGGCUUCCUCUAUUUCCUUUUAACUAAUGAAGACCCCCCCCCAAAGCCCUCAGCAUAUUUGUAUAGUUGCUUACCUAAUAUAAAUGCAAUGUUAAUGCCUUUAUAUGAAUCUAUGCCAAAGAUCACCUUUUUGUUUUAGUAAAGAUUACUUAGAGGAACUAAGAAAAUUCAUUUUUGCUUUCCAAGUUCUUCCAGUAUUUUGAGAGACUGAUUUACAUUUUAUGAUGAUGUGCUUUCCUCUGUUAUCAGUACUCAAGACACAGUGAAGCAAAUUUUUAAAAAUACCUGAAUGAUUAGAGACAUCACCAGUCAAAAGCUACAUUUUGCAUAUUUCCAUAACAUAGGAUUUGUAAUAUGCAACUAUUUUCUGUCUCUUCUUUUGUUCUGUUUAAAACAAUAAAGUGCAUUUGUUUAAGUAA